AGCACUCAGCGCCCUGACCCCGCCCGCUGCGCCGCCGCCUUUGUCCUCGUUGCCGGUCCGCCGCCUGCUCUUGUCAUCGUCGAGCUCAUAGGCGCCGAUCACUCUUUGCGUCCAACACCCACGUCUCUGCGCCGCCUCACGCCAUCAUGCUCGCCGCUCCGCCCUCGCGCGGGCCCAGCCCGCCGCACGCGGCGUCGCUGGAUCCCUUCCUCUCGCCCUCACCUGCGUUCCUCUUCGCACCCUCGCCGAGCUCGUCGCUCGCACCCUCACCUACACUGCACUCGGCCACGCUGCCGGCACCGCAGCAGCACGCUCGUCGCAUGCGUCGUCUCAGCCGGCACUCGCGCCCGUCGAGCGCCAACGGCGCAGCGCACCUCGGCGUGCCGCACGUCUCGCCGCCGCCGCCCGUGCCCUCGAUGCCUGCUGGCCGCCGCGACAGCGCCGCCGGCAGCCGCAUCUCGAGCGGCUCCAGCUCGCGGCAGCCGUCGCCCGGUGCGCCGUCGAGCUCGGCACGCCGCGAGGCCGCCAGCAGCCAGCGUAUCAGCUCGGCCCUUGGCUUCACCCUGCCGCUCUUCGUGCAGCCCGACGAGGCUGCCUCUCCGCCUCCGGCACCGGCAUCCGCACAGUAUCUCUCUGUCUCGCCAACGCAGCCCAUGCGGCACAACAGCUACAAGGCGCCGCGCUCGCCAGUGCAGGUCAGCGAUCUGCCGCGCAGCCGCUCGCUGCGUGUCACCUUGCCCGCGCCGCCGCGCAGCAGCAGUGCGCUCUUCGAGGCCUCGGCCGCCGCCGGGCCGUCGUCGCAGCCCGACGGCGACGAUGCGUCGCGCUCGCGCCGCUGGUCCGCGUCUAUCUCGCACUCGCGCUCGGCGCAGAUCUUCCGCCAAGCAGCGUCACCCUACCUGCGUGCCGGGCUCGAGGAGCUGCGCAGCAUCUUCGACGUUGACUCUGACCCGAUCCCGACCAGCCCGUUCGACGAAGAGAGCGACGAGCAGGCGAUUGACGGCUCGCCGUUGAUCGGUCGGCCACACCCGCAGCGCGAGCUUCUGCCGAGCUCGCACCUGCCAGAGCCGCACGCGAGCGAACGGUCGCGGUGCCGCUCCGACAGCGUGCGGACACCGCGACGCUCGGGUGCUGCCGCUGCUGAGGCCAGCCUUCUGCCGACGGUGCAGAACCUGCUGGCCUCGCCGAGUCCUCGUCGUGUGCCCGGCGGAGCGCUCAGCGCCGCUCGCUCGCCGCCCAUGUCUCCACCACAGCGGGCCAACUCGGGCGAUGCGAUGUCGAGUGUCUUCGACGAGAAGCUCGCUGCCGCACAUGCCGAGCGGCGACGCAGUGGCGAUGACUUUGCCCUGAUCAUGCCGCUUGCGUCUGGCAAGGGCACGCCUGGCCUUCUGGGUGACGACGCUGCGUACCGACCGGACCACGUCGCGGCCGGCCUGGUCGCCAUUGCGGUUGGCAUCACCACCGCUUGCAUCUGGGGCUACCGCACAUACGCCGACAUCUUCUCGCCGUCGCUGCUCAUCUUCUUCCUCGUGCAGCCCGGCUUUGCACUCAUGGGCGCCGCAGCCGUUGGCCUGCGGCGACGCAACCUCAUGGACCUCUUCUCGCGGGCGAUGCGUGCACACGUGCUGGCGCAGGCCCUCAUCGCGCUGCUGGCUUUCCUCGACCUCUCCGCCUCGGCCUCGUACGUGCGGACAACGGCGUUCGGCGGCGCGUCGACAUGGGUCAUGGACCUGGUGCCCAGCAUGCAGACGCGCUUCGGCCCGCUGGGCGCUCCGUUCGACGCCGGCACCGCUCCCGCCGCGUCGCUGCUGGCUGCCGCACAUGCCUCGCAGGGCGCAGCACAGGUGCAUGCCCACGACACGGCCGUCGGCGGCCUCACGAGCCGGGUGACGCAUCUCAUCAUCUUUGUGGCGCAGGCGGCUGCGCCGCUGCUCCUCACGCUGUGGGCGCAGUACGCCGUGGCACGCACGCUCGGCUUCCUGGCGCGGCAAGGCCUCAAGCGCUCCAGCCGUGCGCCCAGCCGCCGCACCAGCGCCAAGCGUGCGCCUCGCGCUGCUGUGCCGAGCAACUCUGCGCACAUUGCACCGCCGCCGCUCGACGUCGCCGACCUCUCUGCCCGCCUGCAACGCAUCGACGCCAACAAGCUGCGCCGCGUCAGCGAGGCAGGUGCGCCGUCGCAGGGCUCGCGCGCACACACAUUGGCGCUCGGCGAGGCAUUCGGCGAGCCGGCACCGGCGCCGUCGCACGGCUUCUCGCUCGCCCGCGCCCAGCCAUCGCAGCGGACCGGCCACUCGCGGCACAACCGCUCGCUCUCGCAGCCCGUCAACGCGCUGGCCUCGCGGCGCCUCUCGAUCAACGUGCCGCCGCCUGCGCAGCACGCCGUCGAGCUGCAGCAGGCGUCGUCGCCGUCGAUGGUGUCGUCGCCUGCGCGCCCGCGCCUGUCCGACGGGCCCAGCUCGCCGCUGCGCCACGCGCUCGUCGAGUCGCCCGAGUCCGAGGACCCAGCGCUACACUGGUCCUCGUCUGCUCCGCGCACCUAGCUUUCACCUGUCCCCCCGCCAUCUCACUCACGCACCACACACUCAUUCGCACAUCGGCUCGCCAUCACACUCUCAUUGACCCUGUCUUUAUAC